AUGGAGUCACGGCAAACCGACCUUUGGGUCGUGACUUUUGUCACAUUCGCUGCAGCCACAAUCAUCACAGCCAUGCGGCUUUUGAGUCGUCGACUCAAGCACAUCCCAUUGUCGUGGGAUGAUUACUUUGCGCUUUGCGGUUUUGCUGUUUCUAUUGCUUGGGUCAUCAUCGUGCCUUACUGGCUCAACCGCGGUCUUGGACUACACAUGGACGAUGUUGUCGAAAUGCACAAGUCAACAUUAACGAAAGAAUUAUUCGAAGCGAAACUACUUCUUUUCAUCGCCGAACUCUUCUACGCCUUUGGUCUGUUCUUCGCCAAGAUCUCAAUUCUUAGCCUCUACUGGCGCAUGUUCCGUGUUACCGGCAUUCGACUGCCGAUUCAGAUCCUCUUUGGAUGCUCUUUUGUCUGGAUCACCUUCCGAAUCUUUAUGGGCAUCUGGCAUUGCGUGCCGGUGGAAAAGUUCUGGGAUGACAGUGUUGCUGGGUAUUGCGCGAUUGAAGACAAGAAGUUCUUUUUCGGAACCACAUUGGUACACGCCAUGAUUGAUAUCUCUAUCUUGAUUUUACCCAUGUGGCAGAUUGGACGCCUGCAGCUUCCCAUGAUCCAAAAGGCUGGUAUCAUGGUCAUGUUUACCUUUGGCUUCUUUAUUUGCGCUGCGGCCAUCAGAUUGAUCGUUGCUGCCCGUGUUUUUGACGACAAAUCACCCGACGUUACAUGGAACAUUUGCGACAUUGUUAUCUGGGCAACAGUAGAAGUCAACCUCAUCAACGUUUCUGCAUCCCUUCCUACGAUCCGACCAGCCUGCACAUUCCUCUUCAUGUGCCAAAACCCACGAACCCGAACAGGCGCCAGCUCAGGCAGUUACCCCAACACCUACAGCCGAAGUCAAACCAAGCAAUCCAUCCGACUCGACACAAUCAACAAGACAAAACCAAACGAUGAGUCCAGCUCGACACACCAACUAGCCGACUCCGACGAUGGGAUCGGUAACGGUGGCAGAAGUGGUUCAACUGACGACUUUGAAGCUCACGCCAUGGAUCGUUUUACACCAAGUGGAAACCAAUACUCUUCUACUAUCACGGGACAUCGCACCAACUCUGGAGGCGGAGACUACGGAUCCAACUUUGGUGGCAUCUUGGUCAAGAACGAGACGACGGUGCACGUUUCUAAACAAUGA